AUGGCUUCACCAACGUUAUCCUUAGCCCAAUCUCCUCCUCAUUGCUGGUCCGAGCUUCCUCUAGAUCUCAUGCAACUGAUCUUUGAACGCCUUAGCUUUACCGAUUUCGAAAGGGCUAAAUCGGUUUGUUCAUCUUGGCUAUGUGGUUCGAGACAAUCUAAGCCAAACAAUAAGAUCCCCUGGAUGAUUAUUUUCCCCGAGGAAAAGAAUUACUGUCUCUUGUUCAAUCCUGAAGAUAAAGAAGAAAAGCUCUACAAAACUAAACAUCUUGGUGACGACUUUGCAAAGAGUUCUUGUUUGGCGACUUGUAGAAGCUGGCUUUUGAUGGAACCUAGUUAUGCAAACAGGGAAGACCCUCUUUAUAUUUUAAACCUCUUAACCUGCGAGAGGAUCAAUCUACUACCUACAACAUCGGAUCAACGACUUGACUCUCCAGUAUUGUGGAUAGACGAUAAAACCAAAGAUUACCUUGUUAUAGGAGAAGAUCUUGUUUAUUUCAAGAAAGGUAAUAACUCGUGGAAACAAAUCCCAGAACAGUUGUCACGUAUCCGAGACGUUGUUUUCAAAGAUCACCAACUCUUUUGUCUUACCAAUGAUGAACUCCAUAUUUUCGACUUUUCUGGUGAGUUUCCGCUACAAAUUUCCAGAGUUAGCGUAAGGAAGGGAUGCGUAAAACCAGUAAAAAUAGGCGGCCGGAUGAGACUGCCUCAAAUUCCAUGGCAUGUCCAAGAGGUUCGUAGGAGGAAGAAUGUAGUAGUCACUGUACGAGGAGAUGUCUUAAUGGUUAAGAGCAAAAGUCCUUUUAUGUCCGAAACAUGGAACUUUAAAAUCUUCAAGAUGGAUUCAUCAAAUGGGUGGGAAAGAAUAUUUUCUUUGGGAGAUGAGGCAAUUAUUUUAGAUUUGGGUAUUACAGUGGUGGCUAAGGACCAGGAAGGCGUCACUAGUAACUCCAUUUACUUCACUGGUGAUGAGAUAAAUUUGGACGACACUGAAAUCUUUGUAUUCAAUCUUGAUACAAACAAGGUUGAACAACUACCACAACUUGUUUCUUCCUCUGUUUCUUUCUCUACAGUUCGUUGGUUCUUACCAAGUUUCAGGAAUCCUUGAUCCUAUCUAUAGUGGUUUCUCUUCGUUGUUGUUUUUUUUUUUGAAUUUAAAUUUUAAUAAUAAUAAUUGGUAAUAUUUUCUUGGACUUCAAGCUUUCUUCUUUUUUUUUUUGAGCAAAUUUCAUUCUACUUCUCCCUUAGGAGAAUCUGAUGUCCCUGUCUUUUUAUCGUCACUUGCACCAAGCUUUCUUCUUUUUUACUUCUUUGUGCUUAACCAAGAAGACGCUAGA